GUGCGGACUCACAUGAAGGCCCAUGUGCCACUCUGCCACUCUACCGGAUAAUAUCGAACAACAUUCCAUCCAAAGAAGUCGAACAACGCAUUCGAGCUGAUGAACAGGGCGUCAAAGCGUGCUCGAAAAUGUCUCUGAUAGCGAAGCUAUCCAAACUCAAUCCUGCGAUGCCGCAUAGCAACCAUUCCCACUACAGCAAGUCAAAGACGUCACACCAAUCAUCCUACUCCUCCACUGGCGCUGGGAACGCCUCCAAACGGUCUACGCUCGGUCGGUCAUCCUCCCGGCCACGCACUUCCGCAGUCCCCGUAGCUCGAAAUCGCAACUUGCCGACAGACGCGGCGGAAUGUGCGAGAGCUUUUGCAAAAGGCGCUGCUUAACCCUCAAGGUGCGUUGAUUUCGAUUUUUGGUUCACAACCUGCUCAGCUCCUCUUCUUCCUCACAACUACGCGUCAUCUACUGUUGCGCUCCUGCUAUCAUCCUUGAAGUUCGGAGCAUUGAUUACGAUAAGACGGAGUCCGGAAAGCUCUGGACGUUGCUAACGGCCGAGAACGUUGAGUGGGAUUGCCAUAGUCGUUGCUGUUGGGACAUACGUCUACCAUUCUGCAAGAAAGUUAGGACCUUGGUUUCGCGACGCAGAAGUCUCAAGUAGAAUUCUUGGUGUCGUGGAAGCUCGGCUACAUCUCCGCAUUACAGACAACCACGCGUAGCGUUCAUUGCAGCCUCCCACGAAUAUCUGGUUGAGAUCCGGGCGAGAAAUCGAGCUUCACCAUGCUUCAACGCGGUGCGGCGGUGAUGGCCUCCUUCGCUACACCAUGGGUGUACCCUCCUCUCUUAUCGCUAGCACGCAGUCAAAUCCUCAACUUGCUCCGGAAUAUCCAGAUUGGCUCUCUGAAAAUCACCGACACCGAUGGCACAACCACAGUCUGCGGGUCGCCAAAACCAGCUGGUCUGGAAGACGAGAACUCCGAGAAGAAUGUCUACGCAACUGCGCAUUCGGAGCUCACAGUGCACCAAGACAUGUUCUGGAUUCGACUCCUCCUCUUCGCAGACAUGGGCCUAGCAGAGUCCUACAUGCUGGGAGAAGUCUCCUGCACAGAUCUGACAGCAUUCUUCAAAUUAUUCAUCAAUAAUAAAAAGUACUUGUCCAACGGCACGACAUUGAGCAGUAACAUCCUCGGAAGAAUCUCAGGUUUGAUCAGGAAAACGAACGACCUUACGAACGCGAAAUUGAACAUCUCCGCCCAUUACGAUAUCUCGAACACCAUGUUUGAGGCUUUCCUGAGCCCAGACAUGACAUACUCAUGUCCGAUCUUUUUGCCGAAAUCUGAUCCGAUGUGUGCGCAAGAGACGCUCGAGCAGGCGCAGUAUCGGAAGCUUAAUCGCUUUAUUCGGAACUGCAAGAUCAAGGCGAGCGAUCAUGUGCUGGAGAUUGGUACUGGGUGGGGCUCGUUCGCUAUACUUGCGGUCGAAAAGACCGGGUGCAGAGUUACGUCUCUGACUCUGUCGGAAGAGCAGAAGAAGUUGGCAGAAGAGAGGAUUGCGGCGAAGGGAUACAGCAGUCGUAUCAAGGUUCUCUUGUGCGACUAUCGAUCUCUGCCUGUGCCGCCGAAAGAGGAGGACAAAUACGACAAGGUGGUCUCGAUUGAGAUGCUGGAAGCUGUGGGAGCGGAAUACUUGGAGACAUACUUCCGCUGCGUGGAUCAGCUGUUGAAGAGCGAGGGCGGUGUGGCAUGCUUCCAGUGUAUCACGAUACCAGAGAGCAGAUAUAUGGGAUACGCCAACUCGGAUGAUUUCAUCCGCCGAUACAUCUUCCCUGGCGGCCAUCUGCCUACGAUCACGCAGUUGCUCGACAGCAUACGUGCUGGAUCGAGCGAUGCGAAGAAAGGUGUCGAGCCACGAUUGAUCCCCGAAAGUGUGGAGAAUAUUGGGCCACACUAUGCGAAGACUUUGAGAUUAUGGAGACAGAACUUCAUGCAAUCAUUCGCAACCAAGAUCAGACCUGCUCUGAUCAUGGAAUUCCAGGAACGCCAAGGCCGCAAGAUGUCCGAAGAGGAGGUCGAAAUCUUCAAGAAGAAAUGGGAAUACUACUUUGCAUACUGCGAGGCUGGCUUCGCGACCAAGACGCUGGGGGAUGUAAUCUUAACUGUUGGAAGAGAAGGUGCCGUGGAGAUGAUGGAGGAUGUGCCGCUGUGAGACGACAUAAUGUGAUGGAUCAUGAGCAUGGAAUACUGGUGUUGGACAUCAUCUUCUCGGCUGGCCUGAGUGGUCAUAUUGGUAAUCUUCUGAUCAAUGGGUGCAUAUAUUGAAAGACGCAUUGUGGUGGCAACACCUCUGCUUGCUUGGAGCUUCGAUUGGUCUAGCGUUUCAGCGAGCGCUGUCUCGGAUGGGUAUAGAGGUACUUUGACGAAAGGAAGAUAACUAUGCGUGAACUGUGCACCGUCGGUUGCCUUUCUAUUCAUCUGAACUCAUCACUUCGCACAAGACAUGCUCACCGCUGCGAAAAAGUGAGCUGCACCAACAAAAAAUGAUUUGGCAACCCGA